AUGGACCUCUCGGGGGAAGGAGGCGAGGGGGAGGCGGAGGGGGAGGGGAGCGGGGGUGCGGGGGAUGGGGAGGGGGAAGGGGAGGGAAGGCGAGACGUGGAGGGGCAAGUGCGAAGGUACUCCUUUGAUGGCCGAGGGGGAGGGAGAGGCGCGAGCGGCGAGUUGUCGUUUCUUGCUGCUGUGAAUAAUCACUCCCAAGGUGCGUUUGAUGGCGUAGACACUAAAGGGACGUGUAGUGGGUGCGGCUUGGGGGGCGGUGGCAGCAUCAGUGCUCACCUGGGCGGCAGUAGCGGGAAUCUGGGCGGCAGCGGGGGUGCAAAUCUGGGCGGAGGGGGGGGUGGCGGUGUGACGAUAGGGAGUUGUGGUGGGCACAGAGUGGUGAAUCUGCAUUUGUCCUCGGUGGUGCUGGCAGCGAAGUCUGCCUUCUUCCGCACGCUCUUCACGUGUGGCUUUAAGGAGACGUGCCAGAACAACCCUGUGGUCCUCAACGUCUCGCCAGAAGAGGAAGGCCCAGUGAUCGACCUACUCCGCUUCAUCUACACGGGGGACAUGGCGGAGGGCAGCAGCGACCCGGGGGACAUCAUCAAGAUGUACCUCGUGGCCGACAAGUUCGGCGUCGCCUCGUGCAUGAAGAUCUGCCUCGAGCGCCUCGUCAACCUCCCCAUGACCGUCCCCACCGCCUGCCUCUACCUCUCGCUCCCCGACUCCAUGCACUCGCACCGGGGGGUCGCGCAGCUGCUGGAAGCUUCUCGGGGGUUUCUGGUGGCGCAUUUCAGGGAUCUGGAGCGGGUGCACAAGGGGGAGGAGUUUCUUGAGCUGCCGCUGGUGGGCGUGCAGACGCUGCUGGCCAGUGAUGAGCUGAAUGUGAGGGACGAGCUCACGGCGUUCCAUGCCAUGGUGGAGUGGCUGCGGCACCACCACGAUGACCUGGAUGACAGGAAGCGGGCAGCAGUGCGUCUAGCGGAGCACGUGCGAUUCCCCCUCAUGGCAGGCGACGACCCCGAUGACGUGGUGCUGCGGGCAGCAGUGCGUCUAGCAGAGCACGUGCGGUUCCCCCUCAUGACAGGGGACGACCUUGAGGACGUGGUGCUCAAGGCGCCUGAAGUGGACAGCCCGGAAUGCCAAGCGCUGGUGAGGGAGGCAGCAUGGUUCCGAGCAUACAGCUUGGUGCGUCGGCUGCGCCUCAUGAACGAGACGGCCGCCACGCACAGGCGCUUCUGGCAGCGCCGCUGGAACCGCAACUCCGUGGGCCACGUGUACUUCGAUAUUCACCUGGAGAGGUUUCAGGCGCUGGCAGUGGCAGCGACGGUGGAGUCUGCCACGUUUGGGAUCGGUGGGAAGCGGUUCUACCUGUCAGCGCGGCACGGGAGGCGGGACGAUGGCACGGAAACGCUUGACAUCCACCUUCACCUUGAGAACAGCCACAGCGUGCAGCCGGAGAUCCAGGUGAGCUUCAUAUUCUACGCCAAGCGGUGGCCCGAGGGCCAGUUCGACUACCUGCGGGACCGCGUCACCAAGGGGUUUGGGCGCAACGCGAGCAACUGGGGGUACAGCAACAUCCUGGGGCGGCCGUGGGCGGAUGUGGUGCAGGAUGAGAGCAAGUACUUCAAGAACGGCGUCAUGUCCGUCUUUGCUGAGGUGCAGAUCCUGGAGGACGCAGGCCGCGGGCCCGUUGUAGGGGGGUGA